UCUCGAUCAAUUGAGAUGAACUCAAUUUUCUACUUGUUGUAUUCCUAAUUUUAACAUGGUAUCAGAGCCGAAAUCCUGGAAAUAGAGUAUAUCUUUUAGCCACCUUCUUCAUCUUCUUGAGAGUAUUAGAAAUUACACAUACAUAUAUCCUUCUUUCUAAGCCAUGGUUGAUGAUGGUAAAACCGUUGAUACCGGACAUGAACCCGCCGGCAUCGUCAUAGAUUCUAUGUCACCUUAUUUUAUUCAAUCCGGAGAUAAGCCCGGAUAUGUCUAUGUUACCACUCCUCUUCGCGACGGGAAUUACGGUGAUUGGCUCGAUGAAAUGAGCAAUGCCCUCUAUGCGAAGAACAAGUUUGGUUUUGUAAAUGGAGAUAUUCCAAUGCCUAAACCGGAUUCACCAUACCUUCCAUAUUGGCAACGUGCAAAUGCCGUGGUUAAGGCUUGGUUAAACGGUAGCAAGGAGAUUGAGCUUCGCCAAAGCGUCAAGUUCAAAACCGCACGUGAAAUUUGGACUGACUUGGAGGAACGUUUUGGAAAGGAGAGUGCUCCACGAGCCUAUGAACUUCGUUGCUCGCUCAGUGCCGUUAGGCAAGACAAUCAGUCUGUCUCUGCCUACUUUAGUCGAUUGCGCCGAAUUUGGGACGAAAUGGCUUCUAUCAACACCGGCCCAAAUUGUGAUUGUGGAAAGUGUUCUUGUAAUAUUUCUAAGCAGAUCAACGAGUCCAGGGAUAGGGAUCGACUUUAUGAUUUCCUAAUGGGUCUAGAUGAUAUCUACGGACAACUGAAGACCCAAAUUCUAGCUACAAGGCUGAUUCCCACACUCACCGCCGCAUAUCAUCUUAUCUCGGAAAGUGAACAACAUCGGUCUAUUGCAUCCGCUCGCAAACCAAGUGUUGAUGGCAUAGCAUUUCAAGUCCAGGCCAAAGGAGAAAUUGACUUGAACCGACGUCAAAAUUUGAGAGGAACUCGUUCUUGCUCACACUGUGGGAAGACAAACCACACGUAUGAGCAUUGUUUUGAGUUAAAUGGUUACCCACCUAAUUGGAGCAUUAAAUUAAAAGGCAACAAACAAGGAGAGGGGCGGCAGCAGGAUAUCCGUGGAAAUAAAGAGCAACCAAGCUUCCAGUUACGUGGCAGUAACCAAAUACAUGCGCGACCACGUUUCACAAAUUUUGAGCGUGGCAAUCUGAGGCAAACAAGAGCAGCUCAUGUUGAUUAUGCCAUACCACCUGGACUCUCGGCUGAACAAUUGGAGCAGAUUGCUCAUUAUAUAAAAACUGAAAUUAUUGAAAAACCUUUCUCAUCUAGUGCCCAAGCAAAUAUGGCAGGACUUACCCUCGAAGAAGCUGAUUGGAGUGGGUAAAUUUCGUGAUGGCCUUUAUUAUCUGGAUCCUCCAAAGAGUGUAGGGGUGGCAAUGUCAGUUUCUCUUGAUUUUGAACUAUGGCACCGGCGCUUAGGACAUGCCUCAGAUGCGAAGCUACAUCAUAUCUCUACUCUUCAGGGACUCCAGAAAAUCAAGAAUAAUUUGUGUGACCCCUGUGUGCGAGCGAAACAGACUCGUCUUCCUUUUCCUACUAGUACAAAUAAAUCUACCCAUUGUUUCGAAUUAAUCCAUUGUGACAUAUGGGGAGGAUACAAAUGUGAUUCUAUUACCGGUGCACG